CGCCGCUGCUAGUUCAUCCUCGAGCUCUCCCCGCGCCACUCAGCACGAGCGCUCCUGUCCACCUGCGUCCCUGUCACAGACCUCUGUCUCUGUCUCUGUCUCUGUCUCCGUCCCCGUCCGGACUAACCGAGCACUUUUGUCCCUCUGCUGAGAACCAACACGACCUGAGGAACCAUGGAGGCCAUCAAGAAGAAGAUGCAGAUGCUGAAGCUGGAUAAGGAGAACGCGAUAGACCGGGCAGAGCAGGCGGAGGGGGACAAGAAAGGAGCGGAGGACAAAUGCAAACAGCUGGAGGAAGAGCUGCUGGGUCUACAGAAGAAGCUGAAAGGAGUGGAGGAUGAGCUGGACAAAUACUCAGAGUCGCUGAAGGAUGCCCAGGAGAAACUGGAGCAGGCGGAGAAAAAGGCAACAGAUGCUGAGGCCGAGGUGGCGUCUCUAAACAGGCGUAUCCAGCUGGUGGAGGAGGAGUUGGACCGGGCUCAGGAGAGACUGGCGACUGCUCUGCAGAAGCUGGAGGAGGCUGAGAAAGCUGCGGACGAGAGUGAGAGAGGGAUGAAGGUCAUAGAGAACAGAGCAUCCAAAGACGAGGAGAAGAUGGAGAUCCAGGAGAUGCAGCUGAAGGAGGCCAAACACAUCGCAGAGGAGGCCGACCGCAAAUAUGAAGAGGUUGCGCGUAAACUGGUGAUCCUGGAGGGGGAUCUGGAGCGCUCGGAGGAGAGGGCAGAGGUGGCCGAGGCGCGAGUGAGGGAGCUGGAGGAGGAGCUCCGACUAAUGGACCAGAAUAUGAAGUCCAUGAUGUGCGGAGAGGAAGAGUACUCGCAAAAGGAGGACAAAUACGAAGAAGAAAUCAAAGUUCUUACUGACAAACUGAAAGAGGCUGAGACCCGUGCCGAGUUUGCAGAGAGGUCCGUGGCCAAGCUGGAGAAGACCAUCGAUGAUUUGGAAGAUGAAGUGUAUGCUCAGAAGCUGAAGGGCAAGGCUCUCAGCGAGGAGCUGGACCUGGCCCUCAACGACAUGACUACACUGUAGCCGCUGUCACUUCCUCUUUGCUCCUCCUUCCUGUCUGAACUCUUGUCCGCCUGUUCACUGUCGUUUAGUUCCAGUCCACAGUGGUGUCUGGGGCUAGAGGAUUCUAAAAUUGGAAUGUGCUGAAUCCACCCACCCAUAAGGAAGUGGUGUCUGUGUCACACAGCACCAGCCUUUGUACAGAGGUUUGAGUUCUUGCUCACCCAGUCACUGCUGUGUCUGCGGGUUCACUGAGUUAAUGUCCUAAAUAUUCAUGUAAACCUGUUUUCCCCUUCCCGCUCUGUAAUAAAUGUAUUAAAGCUCUCUUGACUUUUC